UUCCAGUAAUCUAGAAGCACAAAGCGUGAUCUAAUCACUAUGAAACAAUUCACACUUCUGGCGAUACUCUGCACCUUGGGAGUUCAGGCGCUUCCGGACCGAACACCUUACAUUAUAAACGGACACCCCGCUCCCCAUGAGCCUUACAACGCGUAUGUCUUGUAUAUAAAUGAAAACAACUUAGGAUUUUUUGGUGGUGGCUCGAUCAUUUCUGAACGACACAUCGUCACAGCUGCGCAAAAUAUUGAAGGAUUUGUGAUUUGGCAUAUUGGUCUCGGCAGUAAUGUUUUCGCUCAAUUGACCAUGAUAACCACUACUACAGCCACUCCGCAUCCCCAAUUCAACCCUACGAACAAAGCGAAUGAUGUUGGUAUCAUAGCUUUGGCUGAAUCUCUUGUUUUCACACCAACUAUAGCUCCUAUUGCGUUACCUGCUUUGAAUGAAAUUCAGUUACCACUGAUGAAUGAACAAGGAUCUAUCGUUGGAUUCGGUUUUACCACCGCACAAUCAUCUUCAGCAUCGGAAUUCCUAAUGCGGUCAUUCCAGCGGGUUACGAAUGUUGAACGUUGCACGGAGCUGUCGCUAGACAUUACAGAAUCAAGUCAAUUCUGUGGCGAAGAUACUAUCGAGGCAUCCAACAUCUGCAACGGUGACCGCGGGGCCGGUUUUGUAUCGAUUCUAGAGGACACCCCAGUAUUAACUGGUAUUGCAUCUCAAAUUAAUGCCAGCUGUAGUGAGGGUAUGCCAACCGGAUAUACACGCAUUUUAGCGUAUAGACAAUGGAUCAACGACAUAACCCAAGUUUGAAAUGAUCCAAACAGAACUUGUAGAGACCAAAGAAUUCAAAAUUAAUAAUGUGGUACUUUUUUAAUGGAUACUUGUUGAAACUACUCUAGAAUAAAAAUACUUCGAAGCUGGG